AUGAGCCACUACGACAGCAACCCAUAUGUACAUACCCAAAUACCGCAGGCGGAGGGUUCAGCUUCAGAUAGCCAUGGCAAACGACUUUCCGAUCCGGGACCUCCGGUUACCGAAAAUGAGGAUUCGGAACACACGGGACACCCUGGGCGGAGAGAAAGCGAGCCUGGCCGGGGCUUUUCUGCUUUCUCACUACGAGGAGGAAUGGAGGAGGGAGAGGCAACAGGUCGACGAUUGUCAUAUGCCGAAAGCUCCUCUCCAUCUCAGUCGUUUGUUUCCCUCGCCGAUGACGAGCAAGACACUCGAUUGGCUGCCUCACAAGGUCCCAGCGCGUGGCGACGUGGCACUCUCCGACCUGAUGACCACCAAUCCUACGCCGAAAUGUCUUCAGCAACGCAAUCCUUUGUGUCAUUCCAAACUGGUCUAGAGGAGACCCCAACACAUUCCACCGCAGCCCUUGGAAACUACAGCGAUGUGGAAUCGAGAUUACCUGUCGCUGGACAGCGAACUGCAACAAGUAGGACGGGAAAUUCUCCCUAUGGCUUUAACAACCCAUUCACCGAAGACACGCAAGACUCGCGCCAUCCAAUGCGGCGACAGACGGAUGGCUAUGUUAGAGAUGAAGGACAUGGGGCAGUGGUGCAUGACCCGCGAUAUGGUCAACCAAGCCGACAGCAAACCGCGCCGUCCAACUUGGUUGGCUAUAAUUACGGAAACACUUCGCUGCCCCCUGCAAUGCCCGAACCAAUACGACAACCGACAAUACUCGAGUACGGGCAAACUCCCUUGAUGCCUGAACCACAACACGGGCAGCAAGGGAGCCACUACGGAGAUUAUGCAUUCCACACCCAAUCGCCCUCUAUGCCUGAGCCUUAUGACCAGAGCACCAUUCGUCAGCCAACCGCAAUGAGCCCCCCUUCGAUGCCAGAAGCCUAUGGAAUGCCCAAUCCACACCACUCCAGCGACGAUGGGCUUUCUGGUGCUGACAGUCUUGCACUUGGUGCCCAAAUUCCUAACCCCUGGGAGGCGACCAGCAAUCCACCACCAAUGCCAUCAUAUACUCCCCAUAGCCAGGGUCGUCAACCGACGAUUUCUUCUACAUCCACCGUCUCUCCGAGACCUGUGGGUGGUCAUUCUGACUUUGCUGCUGGACAACCGCAAGGCGCCUCAUCUCCUUCUCAACCGCUUCAAGGGCCUACUACCACGCCUUCUUUAUCUUCACGCCCAUCCGCGCCUCCUAGCAGUGCUCAGAGACCCGCCGCCGCUUGGGAGGGUAGUCAAGGACAAUCACAAGUAUAUAACCAACCUUCACCACCACAAACUUUCACUACUGCUUCUCGCCCUACGGCGACUCCGCCACCGUCUUCCCGACCAUCUGCUGCAAUAAUCUCCUCUCCUUCCCCUUCUCACCACCAAACCUCGUUAUCAGCCAAUCGGCCACAACAACAACAACAGUCAACUCCUGCCAGUGUUCACCCAUUGCAACAACAGUCCACCACUCCCUCAUUUAACCGACCUCAGCAACAAAAUCCGCCAUCAAACGUGCACUCUCCCCAACAAUCAUCGCUGGGAACGACGAAACCACCAGUUGUAGCUUCGAAUGUGAACAAGCCGUUUCGCCCUGAGGAGCACCGCCCACCCGUGCAACAAGCAACACCUUCUACGAGACCACAACCACUCCCGAGCGUGUCCAACCAAUCAUUAUCGCGGCCCACUCAACCCCAGCCGAAACCUUCAACGAAUGGGCAUCCAGCGACGACAUAUCCGCCUGCUCGACCUGUCGUAACUGAAAAGCCCGCAAAACAGGUUGCCCAAACGGCAUUUACGACGCCGCAUCAGCCCGUCAAGGCCACGCGUGGACCGGGAGACACGAAAUACAUUAGUAUGCUACUCGCCUUGGAUGAUAUUCCGCCGCUUUGGAACAUUCUGGCCAGUUUCUUCACGUGGAUCUUGUUGGCUGGGUUCGUCCUUUUCCCGGGAACAUUUACGAGUUUGGAACAAAAUGAGCAACUCAACGCGAUUGGUGUUACUGCGGUCAACGUCGUCAAGCACGUUUCGCUCUAUGUUAUCGCGUGGGUCUGCACUGGGAUCGGUGCAGGAGGGAUGCUCUGGCUCUGGCUUCGUUGGCGCAAUAACUGGAUUUGGCUCGUCAACCGGGUCUUCCUCCCUGGCUUUCUCAAUUCGCUCGCGGGUCUUCUUUCAACGCUUUCCAGUGCGUUGGGCUCCCAGGAUAGGACCUUCUCGGUCGCUAGCAAGUCCACGGUCAUUGUGACCUCGGCUGUCACCGGAAUUUGCGGAUUGCUUGCUGCUUUUUAUCUUCUCGUGCCGAUACGCAUGAUGAAGAACCAGCAUGACCGACAAGUUGGCAAGCAACAUGCGGGAAAGCACGGGGCCGGGUAUUCAGGCACGCGACCGCGAUUACCAGGCAGACACGGCAGCCAGAUGGACACGAAAUAUGUCAAUAUGCUAUUGGCUCUGGAUAGUAUUCCCAUGAUUUACAACCUCUUGACCAAUUUCUUCACGUGGAUUUUGCUGGCUGGAUUCGUGCUGUUUCCGGGAACUUUUACCAGUCUCCAAAACAACCCACAGCUGGGUGCGGUGGGCAUUACUGCAGUUAAUGUUAUCAAGCACGUCUCACUAUUCGUCAUCGCGUGGGUCUGUACCGGACUGGGUGUCGCAGGAAUGCUUUGGUUGUGGUUCCGCUGGAACGCCAACUACGUUUGGCUGGUCAACCGGAUAUUCCUGCCCGGCCUGCUCAACUCGCUCGCUGGUGUCGUCUCCACGCUCGCCAGUGUCUACGGAGCCCAAGAUGGGACGUUUUCCAUUGCCAGUGUGUCGACUAUCACCGUCACCUCCGCUUCUGCCGGUGUUUGCGGCCUCCUCACGGCGUUUUACAUGUUCGUGCUGAUUCGCAACCUGAAGAAGCAGCAUGAUCGACAGGUGGGGAAACAGCGCGCUGGGAAGCAUGGGGAGGGGUACACGGACAUAUCGAAGAGGGUGUAA